GAAGUUCUCCAAUCACAUUCAUGCCUUUCAAAAACCUCUCUCGUUCUCCCAAUCUUAGUACGAAAACCUCUUUCUCUUCCUGUUAAUGGAAAAAUCCAAAGCUGAUCUCUCAUUCCUCUUCUCUGCUUCCUAGCCAUGUCCAGUUCUGAAGUGUUCUAGACACUCAUUUUGAUUCAUAAAUUUGUUGUUGUUGCCGAGUCCUUUGGCUUCUCCGGAUGAUACACAGCAUUGUUUAGUGUCAACCCAUCUGCAUUUUUCUUUGUUCCGAAGCUCUUUCAGACCGUUUUGGUCUCUCAGAUAAGGUUCCAAGAAAUCAGUAUGAUGGGUUUGAAUUUUUCCUCUGGAUAUUCCAGUCCAAGCGAAGAAUUCCACUGGGUGUUGUCUGCUUUGGCCGGCAUUGUUAUGUGCAAAAUUGUUUACGAAUUAACAGGUGUAGUCAGCGUCUUGUUCUUUAUGGGAUAUGCAAAACUCAGUGAUUCAGAGAAACUUGAAUGGAACAACAGGGGUUUCUCUACAUUCCAUGCUCUCGUUGUGGCAACUGCUUCUUUCUAUCUCAUCCUAUUGUCAGAUCUUUUUGAUGAGAGUUUACCUAAUGGGUUAAUGAUCAAUAAAAGGUCUACUUUGUCAAACACCAUAUUGGGGGUAUCUAUUGGUUAUUUUCUAUCAGACUUGGCAAUGAUCUUGUGGCAUUUUCCAGCUUUAGGUGGUAUGGAGUAUGUAUUACACCAUGGGCUAUCAACGUUCUCAAUCUUCCUCUCUCUUGUGAGCGGUCAAGGACAAGUUUAUAUACUAAUGGUUCUCUUCACUGAGAGCACAACUCCAUUUGUCAAUUUAAGAUGGUACUUGGACAUUGCUGGUCAGAAGAAUUCUAGAGUUUACAUCUUUAAUGGUGUUGCAUUGUUCCUUGGGUGGCCGCGAGGAUUCUUCUGUUCAUCUUCUUCUUCUACCAUAUGUUCACCCAUUUUGAUCAGGUCAAGAAAGUGUUUCCCCUGGGCUUCUACAGCUUGCUCACAGUGCCUCCCAUGUUGGCAAUGAUGAAUUUGUUUUGGUUUUGGAAAAUCACCAAAGGCAUGUUGAAAACCCUCUCCAAGGCAAAGCACACUCAGUGACUGAAUCAAGGCUCUUCUCUCUAUCCCUCUCUGUCUGCUCCUGUACAUUCAUACUGCUUUGCUUUGCUUAUUCAGCUGUAUCUAAAGAUGAUUGUCAAAUUCAUUUCAAGUGUACACAUCUUACAUUUGCAUAUAUUGCUCUUUGCUUUUUUUUUUUUUUUUGGGUAAGGAUAAUGUUAUUUAGUCGUAUAAAAUAGUCUGAAUUGAUAGUUUUACUGCUUAAAAUGCCUA